GGGGGCGCGAGCACGGUGGCACUAUUGGAUAAGGUCGCAGUGCGACGUACGACGCGCUCUGCUCAACUGCAAAGCGGUCGCGGAGCAGAGAUAGGAGUUCGUUGGGGCACUAGGUGCACCCUCGCAGCCGUGCGAGGCGUGUAGGUGUGCAGCACAGCACUAGCGAGUGAAGAUGGCGCGGCUUAGCAUAGCCUUGGCUUUGCUUGCAACCGCGCAUGCGUUCACGGGCCCGCUGGCGCCGCGGGCGCCGCACAAGAAUGCGCUAGUAGCGCCACAGCAGAAGGGCGUGCGCAACUGGCUCACGAAGCUCAAGGCGGCCGUCGCGGAUCCCGCGCCGGUAGCCGCCGAGACGAAGCAGGACCGCCUGGCGGAGUACGUCGCCGCGAAGGGCGGCACGCGCGUGAUCAGAAGGGUGCGCCGCGCGGCGUCCGCGAAACUUCGACGGCGAGCGCGCUACGAGCGCCGCGAGCGCUGCGUGAAACCGAAACCGCUGCGAAAACAAAUUGCCCCACUCACGCACCCCCGCACACAGGUCCUCAUCGCCAACAACGGCAUGGCCGCGACCAAGUCCAUCAUGUCCAUGAGAAGAUGGGCUUACUUGGAGUUAGGCGACGAGCGCGCUUUAGAAUUCAUCGUCAUGGCCACGCCGGAGGACUUGAACGCCAACGCGGAAUUUGUGAGAUUAGCCGAUGAAUAUGUAGAAGUCCCGGGCGGCUCGAACACCAAUAAUUAUGCCAACGUCAAGCUCAUUGUGGACACGGCGUCGCGAUUAGGUGUGGACGCCGUCUGGCCGGGCUGGGGCCACGCCUCCGAGAACCCGAAGCUGCCCCGCGCUUUAAAGGAGAAGGGCAUCGCCUUCAUGGGCCCGCCGGCGCCGGUCAUGUCUGUAUUGGGAGACAAAAUUGCGGCGAACAUCCUAGCCCAGACGGCGAAGGUGCCGUCGAUCCCCUGGAGUGGGUCGUUCGGCAACCCCGGCGACGACGGGCCGCUCCAGGCGAACUUGCAGGAGGACGGGACGAUCCCUCGCGAGACGUUCGAGGCCGGGUGUGUGCAUUCGGCCGAAGAAGCGUUAGCCGCGGCCGAGCGCGUCCAGUACCCCGUCAUGCUCAAGGCGAGCGAGGGCGGCGGCGGCAAGGGCAUCCGCAUGUGCAAGAACGCGGAAGAAUUGUCGGCGGCGUUUCCCCAGGUCGAGAACGAGCAGCCGGGUACCGUGCGGCGUCCUUUCACACACGCGAUCGUCGCGCCGCGUCGAUGGCGCAUGGCAUCGACGCCGCGCCGCGUCGAUGGCGUGGAGGCGACGUGAUGGUCUCGUGAAGAUGCCAUCGCCGCGACCACGAUCACGUGCGCGUCUCGCGGCGACGGCGUCACGCUACGUCCACGCAGGUUCCCCGAUCUUCGUCAUGCAGCUCAUGACCGGCGCGCGCCACUUGGAGGUCCAGGUCGUCGGCGACGAGCACGGCAACGCCGUCGCGCUGAACGGGCGCGACUGCUCGACGCAGCGCCGCUUCCAGAAGAUCUUCGAGGAGGCGCCGCCGACCAAACCUUCCGGAGGUAUCGCUAGACCGGACGUCUUCGCGGACAUGGAGUUGAAGGCCAAACAAUUAGUGCAGAACAUCGGCUACGUGGGCGCGGGGACCGUCGAGUAUUUAUAUAAUGCGGCCAACGACGACUAUUUUUUCUUGGAGCUGAACCCGCGGCUGCAGGUCGAGCACCCCUGCACGGAGGGCGUGACGGGCGUGAAUCUGCCCGCUACCCAAUUACAAGUGGCCAUGGGCAUCCCGCUGCCGAACAUGCCGGAGGUGCGGAGGUUGUACGGCAUCGACGAGAGUGACACGACGACGACCUUGGAUCUCGACGACCCGAACACGAAGUACCGGUACCGUAUGCGGCGUCUCGUUUCUUCACGCGGCGACGGCGUCUUCAUGAGACCAUCACUCCGUGGGCCCGAGAGGGUCCACGCGUCUCGCGAGAGCCGUGGCACGCCAUCGACGCAAAGGUGGAUGGCGUAUGAGCUUCACUGGACGCUGCGACUUCCACGCCAUCGCGGCGAACACACCGCCCCACGCGCACGCCCGUAACCACAUAAACACAACGCAGGCCCAUCCAGAAGCACGUCCUCGCGGCGCGCAUCACGGCCGAGAACCCUGAUGAAAGCUUCAAGCCCACGUCCGGCAAGGUCGAGCGCGUGUCCUUCCAGUCGACGCCGGCGGUCUGGGGUUAUUUCUCGGUGGGCGCGAACGGUGGGGUCCACGAAUUUGCGGAUUCGCAGUUCGGCCACCUCUUCGCGACCGGUGAGGAUCGGGAAGCGGCGAGAAAGGCGUUAGUGUUAGCUCUGAAGGAGCUGAAGGUGCGCGGCGAGAUCCGCAACCCGGUCGAGUACCUCGUGCAGUUACUGGAGACGGACGACUUCAAGAGCAACAACAUCGACACCUCUUGGCUCGACGGCAUCCUCGCCGCCAAGUCCAUCAACACGCACGUCGACGACAGCGUCGUCGUCGCGUCCGCCGCCUUGUUCCGGGCCCACGAGGCCUGCAAGGCCGCGCGGUCGGAAUUUGAGAGUGCAUUGGAGCGCGGCCAGUUCUCGACGGCGGGUCUCGAUGCGUUAGACACGUUCGACUUGGAUAUCGUCGUGAGUGACGUCAAGUACACGGUGACCGUCAAGCGCACGGGCGACGCGUCCUUCGACCUCGUGACGAACGGCGGGCCGGCCCUCGCGGCUUCGGUGCGCGAGCAGCCCGACGGUACUCUACUUGCGAGUUACGGUGGCAUCUCCCACCAGUUGACGGGGCAAGAAGAACCAUUAGGACUGAGGAUCAUCGUCGACGGCGCGACCGUCUUCGUGCCCGCGGCCUUUGAUCCUUCCGAGAUCAGGAGCGACGUCACGGGCAAGAUCGUGAGAUGGCUGAAAGAAGACGGUGAAUCGGUCGAGAAGGGCGAGACGUUCGCGGAAGUUGAAGCGAUGAAGAUGAUCAUGCCGUUUGUUUGCUGUGUAGAAAUCUUCAAUCGCCCUUCAAUUUGUGGUCUGUGUGAACUGUUGCUUGCUCUACGCGGUCGAGUGUAUCUCUCGGCGAUCGUGUCCGAGUUUGAGCUGAAAACAUGGCCGCGGUGCCGAGAUCGCCUCGACGCCUUCGACGCGGCCGCAUGAUUACCUCACUCACGGGUAUCAAUCAACGCAGGCUCAAGGCCGCCGACGCCGGCACGGUGUCCCCGAAGAUGGCCGCCGGAAGUGUGAUCGAGGCCGGGGAUUUGCUCGCUGGCUUAGAAUUAGACGACCCGAGCAAGGCUCGUAGCAUCACGCCCUUCCAGGGCGAUUCGUUGGGCUUGGAAGAAGCUUCUGCCGUCAAGCAGGACGCCCUACUCACGUACAGAUCGAUCUUCGACCAACUGUCGACGGCGAUGGACGGCUACGACGCGCUCGGCGAGGAUGCUGUGGAUGCCGUCGGUCGGCUCGUCGAGGCCAUUGCGGACCCGGACGUGUUCAGACUGCAAGUAAGAGAGGUCGCGGGCGCGAUUGGGCAGAAGAUGCCGGCCGAGCUCGACGCGGCGCUGGCCAAAGUAGCGGCUUCCAUCGACGUCGCCGGGCUCGAGUCCGAGUUAGCUGCAUACGAGAACGAGCCCGCGGUUCAAUCUUUGAGAGAUCUGGCGGCGCAGUGGGCCGGCGGCGCGGCUGGGGUCGCCGCGGAUGCGGUUGCUGAUUUGUUGGAUCGGUUCCUAGCGGUGGAGGAGAAGUUCGUCGGGCGCGCCGAUGAAGAUGCGGCUACCAGAGAACUGAUCAAGGCUUCUUCUAAAAAAGAUGCGGCCGACGUCUUGUUGGCUCACGGCAAGCUCAAGGCGAGAAGCGCCUUGGCGAGGGCGCUGGUUGCUGCCGUGCCUCGCGUCCAAGCGCUGUCUGGCAGAGCUACCGACGAAGAAAGAGCGAGACUCGAGAGGGACUUGGACCGAGUAGCAGCUUUGGAGGCGGCCGGCCCGGGCUACGCUACUGUUUCAUUAGCCGCUGGAAUGGCGAGACUCAGACAAAAUGUCCCCCCCUUCGAUGCGAGACUCGCCUCAUUGAAGAACGACAUCUCCAAGGCGUCUGACUUGAGUACUUUUGCCUCGAACCCGCAGCUCGGAAGUUACACGCGCGGCGUCGAUCUGUUGACGGAGCUGUUUGACGACCCUACUGUUGGUGUAAAGGCGGCAGAAGUAUAUGUCCGUAGGAUGUACUCGGCGCAUGACAUCCUCGACAUCUCGAUCACCAAAAAAGAUGAGCACCUCGAGGCGUCGUGGUGGUACAAGUUCCGCAACGACGACGCGGCGAAGGCGCCGCUGCGCUUCGGCAAGCUGGUGUUAUUUGAUGAUGCUGCGAGUGCCGUGGCUGGGUUGAGCGCCACGGUCGAAGGGUUUGGGGAUGAGUUACGCAGUGGCCUGCAGACGCAUAGUUCGUGGGUGGCUGAUCCUUCCGACGAGACGCCCGUGAACACGAUCCAUCUCCUCUUAAAGUCGAACGAAGCGACGACCGAUGAUAAGGCACUCGUAGCUACGCUAGAACAGGCCUUGGCCGGCGUCCAGAACGCCGUCGAGGCCGCGCGCCUGCGUUCGGUAAAUUUCGUGGCCACGGACGCGCCGUACUACCCGCGCUACUUUACCUUCGUGAAUCCGACGUGCAUUGAAUUUGGCGCGCAGCCGGGGCCGUACCGCGAGGACCCGCUCAGACGUGGCAUGCGGCCGACGUUUUACCACUUACUGGAGUUGGGCGCCGUGGAGCGGAACUUUUUGACCAUGCCCCUGCCUACCGUGAAUAGGGACCUGAGAGUGUACGUGGGCGACGAUAGAGCUGGGAGAGCCAAGAACCCGAAGUUCGCGGCCCAGUCGGUCUUCGUGCGUCGCUUGACGCACUCGAGGGAUUUCUUCGAAGGGGGCUGCGCUCGCUUACUCGACAAGGCCUUGGACGCGCUAGAUAUGGCUCUCCUCGACGCUCGCGUCAAACCGACGGCGUCCGGCCGCGUCUACGUGAACGUCAUCCCGCCGGUUGAAUUUGAAAGUGCCAAAGAACUAGAUCAGGAGUUCCAGAAGACCCUUGGGGGGUAUUUAGCCGCGCGAGCGACGCGCUUACUAGCGGCUAGGGUGGAUGAAAUAGAGGUCAAGUUCGCGUUCAAGACGGCUGGGGGCGUCAUCCCCGUGCGCGGCGUCGCUACCAGUGCGGAGGGGCCCUGGCUUAGUCUGAGGACGUAUAUCGAGCGCGUCGACCCGGUCACGGGUGUCACGCUGUCGUACUGCGACGUCGAAGGCAACAACUGCGUCGUCGAGCCCUACCCGGCUGCCGACGCCGUCUCCAAGAAGCGAGCUACCGCCAGACGUAUUGGCACGACGUAUGCCUAUGAUUUCGUCGGUUUGUUGGCUACUGCUCAAUUACAAGCCUGGAGGGAUAGAAAUGAUCAAGUCGUGGCGUUCGGAGGUGAACCGAUUGACAUUCCCUCGUCUGACUCCGUAGUAGUAGCCGAAGAACUUUUGUUCGACGACGACGCGGAGUACGGCGUCUCCACCAAAGGUAGCAGACCGGUAGGUACCAACGACGUGGGCAUGGUCGGCUUCUCGUGCACUUUUAGAACCCCGGAGUACCCGGAGGGCCGCGAGGUCGUCAUCGUCGCGAAUGAUGUGACGUACCAGUCCGGCUCCUUCGGUGUUGCGGAGGACGACUUCUUCGCCAAGGUCACGCGGUUUGCCGCUGCUCGCGGUGUCCCCAGAGUGUACCUGUCGUCGAACUCCGGCGCCCGCAUCGGGCUCGUGGAAGCGUUGAAACCGCUCGUCGGCGUCAAGUGGGUCAGCAACGACCCCUCCAAGGGUUUGGAGUACUUGUAUGUCACUCCUGAGGACCUCGAGAAGCUCCCUUCCGGAAGUGUUGACGUGAAGCCGAAGAAUCGCAACGGCCACCACGAGAUCGAGGCCAUCAUUGGUUCUGAUGAUCAGGUGCCGGACGGCAUCGGGGUCGAGAACCUUCGCGGGUCGGGCACGAUCGCCGGCGAGACGUCGCGAGCUUAUGAGGAGACCUUCACGUUGUCCUACGUGUCUGGACGCUCUGUGGGCAUCGGCGCGUACCUGAAUCGUUUAGGCCAGCGGGUCAUCCAGAUGAAGACCGGGCCUAUGAUCUUAACAGGCUUCCAGGCCCUGAACAAGCUGUUGGGCAAGGCCGUGUACACGUCGCAAGAUCAACUCGGCGGGCAGCAGAUCAUGGUUCCCAAUGGUGUUACUCAUCUCGGGGUUGAUGACGACUACGAGGGUUCGGGGCGGCGUCCUAUGUAUUUUAUGUCGUCUUCGUGAGCCCACGUUGCCGCGACGGCGUCGACGCGGCCGUAUGAGAGUACACGUCUCAACCGUGGCGUGGUCGCGUCGAUGGCGUCGACGCGGUGCUACGUCGCCGCGACGCCAUCGACGCGGUCGUCGCGACACGCCGUCGCCGCGGCCUUGACGCCAUAGACGCCGCGACACGCCAUCGACGCGACACCUAGAGAGAGACACGUCGUCACGCGCAGGCUGCGAGGCCAUUGUGAGAUGGCUCUCCUACGUCCCCGCGACGGCCAACGACCUCAAGCCUGGUUUAUUAGCACCGGCGGACCCCGUGGAUCGGCCGGUGACGGCCCGGCCGCCGGCCGACGGCUCGCCGUACGACGUCAGAGAACUCCUCGACAACGCCGACGGCACGGGCUUGUUCGACAAGGGUUCGUUUACGGAGACGCUGGCGGGCUGGGGCAAGACCGUCGUCGCGGGCCGGGCGAAGUUGGGUGGCAUCCCGUUCGGCGUCAUCUCCGUCGAAACUAGAACGGUCGAGGCAGUAGUCCCGGCGGACCCGGCGAACCCCGACUCCAGGGAAUCGAUCAAGCCGCAAGCCGGCCAGGUCUGGUACCCGGAUUCCGCGCACAAGACCGCUCAGGCGAUCGCCGACUUCGGACGGGGCGAGAAACUGCCGCUCAUGAUCCUCGCGAACUGGCGCGGCUUCAGUGGCGGGACCAGGGACAUGUACGACGAGGUCCUCAAGUUCGGCGCGAAGAUCGUGGAUGAAUUGACGAAGUACGACAUGCCCGUUUUUGUGUACAUCCCGCCCAAGGCCGAGUUGCGAGGUGGGGCCUGGGUCGUCGUGGACCCGACGAUCAAUAGUGAUUUUAUGGAGAUGUACGCCGACCCGGAAAGUCGUGGUGGGAUCUUGGAGCCGCCGGGGAUUUGCGAGGUCAAGUUCCGGUCGCCGGACCAGAAGAAGGUCAUGGCGCGGACGGACGCCGAGCUCGCGAAGUUAUUGGCGCAGCCGGCGUCGGCGGAGCGCGACGCGGCGGUGGCGGCGCGGGAGGCGAAGCUGGCGCCCCUGUACCAGCAGGUGGCCAUCGAGUUUGCCGAUCUCCAUGAUAGGGCGGGCCGCAUGAAGGCCAAGGGCGUUAUUAGGGACGUGGUCUCGUGGGAGGGCGCCCGCGGCUACUUCUACAAAAGAGCUGCUAGGCGGCUCGCGGUCGAUGCUCUGGCGAAGGGCAUCUCGAGGCAGGGUGGCUCGCUCGCGGACGCCACUUCUAAGGUCGAGGCGUUCUGCGACUGCGACUGGUCGGAUGAUGAUGCGGUGUUGUCGUACUUCGACGCGCACGCGCGGGAGGCGGCCGCGAUGGUCGACGAGGCCGAGAAGGAAGCAUUAGUGCAGAAGCUGAAGGGCAUCUUCGCCGGGCGCGCGGACGCGGGCGCGCUCGUCGCCGCAGCGAUGGCGUAGACGCGCGGUCCUCUCCCCUCCCCAUCCCCUACUAAAGAACUAUACAAUCGA